GCUGGGUGUGGGACGCCGUGGGCUGCGCGUGGGACGGGUUUAGCGGCAGCCUCUUUGAGAAGAGUUCCAGUCACAAAUGCGUAUGUGAUGCAUGGUAACAUUUACCGCUAAGGUGAAAUGCAGAAAUGAAAAGGACACAUCUGUUUUGAGUAUGCUCAGAUAUGAUUACAUGCACUUUAUAGUGUUUUUCAUGCUACUGACUUUUUUAAUGUUUAAAAAUUGUAACAGUUAAAAGCUUAGGACUUAAAACUCAGUGUUUCUGAAUGAGCAUCACAAGUAGAGAUUUUAUUACAGCAUCAAUACCUCAGAAGAGCCCUCAACCUAGAUCUCUACAGUAUUCUUUCAUCAGCUGUGGCCUGAAGUGUCAGCUCCUAGGAUGGCAAACAAGCUUCCCACAGAGUUUGAUGUGAUUAUCAUAGGGACAGGUUUGCCUGAGUCCAUCCUGGCAGCUGCAUGUUCAAGAAGUGGACAGAGAGUUCUGCAUGUUGACUCAAGGAGUUACUAUGGAGGGAACUGGGCGAGUUUCAGCUUUACAGGUUUGCUGUCCUGGUUGAAGGACUAUCAGCAGAACCAUGACGACAAGGAAGGCAUGACUACGGCAUGGCAAGACCUGAUUCAUGAAACAGAAGAAGCCAUCACUCUUUGCAAGAAGGAUGAAACUAUUCAGCACACAGAAGUCUUUUGUUAUGCUAGUCAAGAUGUGGAAGACAGCAUGCAAGAGACUGAUGCUCUGCAGAAAAGUCCCUCCUCAGAGGCAUCUGCUACUCCUGCUGACUCUCUAGAUUCUGCAAGCUUGCCCAAAGAAAGGCACUCGGCAUACUGUACAAGCUAUGAGGCACCUUCUAGACAUACAGAGGGAAGUGAUAGAGAGCUUUCACUACCCUCAGCUGAUGCAGAGGACUCACUGGAGAAAGAAAAGUACUGUGGAGAUGAAACUGGUAUGCACACAGUUUCAGAUGGAGAUAAAGGUGAACACAAACUUGUAGAAGACAGCACUGAACAACCAAAGAGAAAUAGGAUUACUUACUCUCAAAUGGUUAAGGAGAGCCGCAGAUUUAAUAUUGACUUGGUAUCAAAGCUGCUGUAUUCUCAAGGGUCACUGAUUGAUCUUCUAAUCAAAUCGAAUGUUAGUCGUUACGCAGAAUUCAAGGCUGUCACUAGGAUCCUUGCAUUUCGGGAAGGGAAGAUAGAACAGGUGCCUUGCUCCAGAGCAGAUGUCUUUAAUAGUAAAGAGCUCACUAUGGUUGAAAAGAGAAUGCUAAUGAAGUUCCUUACAUUCUGUUUAGACUAUGAACAACAUUCUGAUGAAUACCAAGACUUCAAACAAUAUUCAUUUUCUGACUACUUAAAAACUAAAAAACUAACACCCAACCUGCAGCAUUUCAUACUGCACUCAAUUGCAAUGACAUCAGAAUCAUCCUGCACUACAUUAGAUGGCCUUCAAGCAACAAAAAACUUCCUUCAGUGUCUUGGCCGGUUUGGCAACACUCCCUUUAUAUUUCCUUUAUAUGGCCAAGGAGAAAUACCCCAGUGUUUCUGUAGGAUGUGUGCAGUUUUUGGUGGAAUCUAUUGUCUUCGCCAUAAAGUACAAUGCCUUGUAGUUGACAAAGACUCUGGAAGAUGUAAAGGAAUUGUAGAUGACUUUGGUCAGAGAAUAAGUGCCAACUACUUUAUUGUGGAGGACAGUUACCUUUCUAAGGAAAUAUGUUCAAAUGUGCAAUAUAAGCAGAUCUCAAGGGCAGUGCUCAUCACAGAUCAGUCCAUUCUGAAGACAGAUUCUGACCAGCAGAUUUCCAUUUUGGUAGUGCCUCCUCUGGAGCCAGGAGCUGCUUCUGUUCGGGUCAUGGAAUUAUGCUCAUCAACCAUGACAUGUAUGAAGGACAGCUAUUUGGUCCACCUGACCUGUUUCUCUUCAAAAACAGCCAGAGAAGACUUGGAACCCGUGGUGAAGCAGUUAUUUAUUCCUUUUGCAGAAACAGAAGCAGAAACAGACAAAGAACUCAGAAAACCAAGACUCCUGUGGGCUCUUUAUUUUAAUAUGAGAGAUUCCUCGGGAGUGUGCCGAAGCUCAUACUGCGGCUUACCUUCCAAUGUGUAUAUCUGCUCUGGGCCUGACUGUGGCCUGGGGAAUGAGCAUGCAGUUAAGCAAGCGGAAACACUGUUCCAGGAGAUCUUUCCCAGUGAGGAGUUCUGCCCUCCUCCACCAAACCCUGAAGACAUUAUCUUUGAAGCUGAGGGUUAGCAACCAGGCACUACUGGAGUUAGUAAUACACUUACCACUAAGCUAGACACCCCAAGGACAGCAAGAACUUUUAAAACUUAGAACACCUUCAAAAACAAAAGCAAACACUGGAAAUGUUUCAUCCUUGGCCUCCAAACGUCGUAUGAAAGAGUGACCAGCAGUAACUGUAGGAAGCACUGGUCACGUGUCUUCAACACUGAGAUACUGGGCACUGCUAGCCUUUAGCACUUGAUUUGUUGGUGACUUGACUCUUUUGUUUCAGAAUUGCCUCCAGGAAUACAGAAUCUUUGAAUACCGGUCACUUUCAUUUUACUUCUGGGUCCCUCAUUAGCACCUUUCCUUACUUAAGGUAAUAUCACACUUGUUCCUGUGUUUAGGUUUUUAUCUUCUUUUACACAAAAUUAAAGCCUAAGGACUUUUUAAGCUACUGCUGCAGCUACUAUUGUUAAUACCACCUCAGAUACAUAGAGGGACACAUAAAUCAUAAACUGGGAUUGUUCUUUUGUAUAUUACAUGAACACAUAGAGAUGGUAGUAGGAGUAGCAGCUAAUUUAAAUGCCGUGCGAUAAGACUGUCAGAAGCUUAGCUGUGCAUGCUGCUGUGUCUUGGGGUUGACACUUACAUGCGAAUUCACCUGCUUGACCAUUGGAACUCAGGAGACAGUGAGACUACCCUAGCCUUCUACUUUAUAAGAAGAGAUACUUUUUAGUAGUCUAAGAAACACAUAUUUAAGAUACACAAUCUGGGCAUGGUGGCUUACUCAUGUAAUCCUUUCAUUCAGGAGGCUGAGUCAGGAGGAUUGCUAUGACCCAGGCCAGUCUGGGCUACAGUGUUGAAACUAUUUCAAAACAAAACAAUACCCCUCCCACCAAAAAAGAAGUACAUUAUAAAGAAAACUAAAGGAACAGGAUUUAUUCAGAAAAAACUUUUAUAGACCCGACAAUAACACUUAAAAGAACUCCCAACUCAUGCUAACAUAAAUUAAUUACCCCAGAAAAAGGUAUAGAUAGAUGUAGGAUAGAUGUUAGAAAUUAUCAGAAAGGAAUUCCCUAGGAGGAACAGUGGUACAUCUUAAUAUGGGAUUAUUGAUAGCUUUACAUUUUAGAUAGAUUUCCCCAUCCAGGCUUCUCAGGGUGAAGCAUGCCACCUGGUUGGCUGGACUUUGAUAAGCAUUGGUAAUAGACAGAGGGUAUGACUUCUACAUGUCUGUUCCCUGGAGUUAGAUGGGAAGUUUCCCUCUAGAACCACCUACUGUACCCCAACAGGGAAAAUCCUCUGUACUGUGGGAAGGGGCACAGCAUGGUAAUAGACACAGUGUGUUCUGAGUAUACUCUUACUCCUUUUUAGUGAGGAACGCAAGGCAAGUCAUUCACAUGAAUGACAGCAUGCUGACAGUAGAUAGCCAUUGAUUGGUGUUUGAUUUUUAAAGUGAAAAUAUUGGGCAUAUCUUAAGGUUUAAAUCUAGCCUAACAACUGAAAUGACCUAAAAAAUAGCAAUUAAGAGAAUAACAAUUCUGAGAUCAGUAAAAUGGAUCAGUAAAAAGUGAGAGUAAUUCAAACCCAAUGUAUAAAGUUUGUCAGAACCAGUCUGUCCCAGAGACAUUUAAAAGAGCUAUAACUGUAAAAGAUAAACAGACAUUUCAAAAGGCAGAACUGAAUGUAUUGGAACUAAAGAUUAGACUAGGCCAAAGCACUGUCUGUUUAUUUGUUUGUUUGCUUGUUUGUUUGUUUGUUUUAAACUAUGGAAGCAAAUAUAUUACUUCGAAUCAUCACAAAAUAAUAAGUUGGAAAUGAGAUAAACCAGUAAAAAGUAUUAAUUAAAACAGUAAAACCUAUUAGGAACGUUAUCUAAUUUUCUAGCAAGUUAGAAUGGGCUUAUUGUAGUUUUCAGAUGUUUAAGAAAUAAAAUCAUAAAUGCUGCUUUUUACCAAUUAUAUUUUGACUCAAUGAGGGCUCAAUUCUAAAAAUCAAAUAACACCCCUCAUUUUGGGUAGGUGGGAACUGCAGGGUACAGAGUUGGCAAAGAGCUAACAACAAACAGAAACAAUUACUUACAGUGACUCAGGAUUAGAGGGCUGUCCAGUAGAGUAGCCAUACAUCAGCAGGAACAGAAUAGAACCCUUACAAUUAACUGCACUAACAAGAAACGUAGUCACAUUGGCUUUAAUUAUGCUUGCUAAUGAUUUUGUAGGGUUUUCAUAAUAUAAGCAACUACUUAAAACUUAACUCAAACUUAUAUUGGGAAAGCAUGUAUGAACCAUUUCUCAAGCAGAAAUGAAAGGCCUUGUUACUAUUUUUAUCUUUAUAUGGCUGAAAAAAUUGUCACUGGAAUAAAAAUACAAAUUAAAGAUUCAGAAAGAAACCAGUACAGAUAUAUUCUAUUUCCAUGGCUUUAUGAUUUACAAAACCUAUAACAUAUAAAUAUAUUACAAACAGAAGAUAAUUUCACAAGUUGCAAGAUAGUUUCUUGAAAUCUAUAGAUUCUAACAGCGAUGGAAUUUUAAAAAGCAUUGACAUAUAUAUAUAUGUAUAUAUUAGCUAUAUUAGAACAAUUAAAGAUACUAAAAGAUAAGGCUUAAUGAAGGAGCUAAAUUUGAAAUAUGAGUAUGCCUAUGAGAACUAUCUUGGCUUAGAGAAAAUGCUAUAAACACAGAGAGACCUCACAUCAUUGACUAUUAGUUGUCUGAUCUCAAGGCAAUCACUUUUAGCUUCCAUUCACUAUCUAUAAAGUAGAUCUAAUACUUAACAGACUUAUUGUGAAGAUCAAGUUGGAUAAUGUAUAAGAACUCAUAUCUAAGGUAAUGCCAGCAUAUGACAUUUGUAUGUAAAUGGUUUUUAUUAUAAUAUCAUUUGUGAUGCCAAGCUUAUGCUUUAUGUAAUUUGAGAGAAUUGUGAUAAAUUAUCCAGGAAAGUAAGCAAGGAAAGCCACAUUCGAUUUUAGAGGGGAAAAUACAGGGCUUUGCCCUUCAAGUUCUUAAGGCAUAAUAACUCUGCAACCUGUCUAACUCUUCUGUGGUGCUGGGUUCAAGGAAGUUAAGACUAGUUAGCUAUCUGGGAGGAAGGAUUUAGAAGCUGCAUCAGUAUGGGGAUAGGUACUCGGUCCACUUGACAUCAAGUAAUGCAGUUUAUUUGUAAGUGAAACUGUUAAGCAUAAAAGUAAUAAGACUACGAUUUCUACCCCAGUCAUGAUGCCAAGGAAUGUUCUGGCAGUGAACGUUGACAAGGUACAUCAACUAAAAUUAAAUUGAAAAACAAAACAAGGAGAGAAGGUGGAAUAAAAAAGCUAUCGCUAUUUCAUGGGUAUUUUUAAAAUUUUUAAGUUUAGUUUAGUUUAGUUUAGUUUAGGUUUUCGAGACAGGGUUUUCUCUGUGUAACACUGGCUGU